GGGUUGACAAGUACUUGGUGCGUGACUUGGUAACCUGGUUUUCGAAAACGAAACGCAAAGCGACUGAGAGAGAAGAGAAUUGGGAAAGAUGAGGAGUGCAUGCAGCUGGUUGUCGAUCCUCCUAUUCCUGGUUUUGUUACGGCCGGGUCAAUCGAUUUGGCUGACUCUACCCUCCACUGGCACCAAGUGCGUCUCCGAAGAAAUCCAGAACAACGUCGUCGUUUUGGCCGAUUACGUCGUUAUCUCCGACGACCACUCCCACUCCCCCACCAUCUCCGCCAAGGUGACGUCACCUUAUGGUAAUAAUCUUCACCUCAGGGAGAAUGCAACACAUGGUCAGUUUGCCUUCACCACUCAUGAGGCUGGUAACUACCUGGCAUGUUUUUGGAUUGAUGGUCACAAUCCUGGAGGCGGUUCGGUAAGUGUCAACCUUGACUGGAAAACUGGAAUUGGAGCUAAGGAUUGGGAUUCAGUAGCGAGAAAAGAGAAGAUCGAGGGUCUUGAGCUUGAGCUGCGGAAACUUGAAGGAGCAGUGGAAGCCAUUCAUGAAAAUCUACUCUUUCUCAAGAGCAGAGAAGCGGAGAUGAGGACUGUCAGUGAAAAGACAAACACCAGGGUGGCGUGGUUUAGCAUAAUGUCAUUGGGCGUCUGCAUUGCAGUUUCAAGUCUUCAGUUAUGGCACUUGAAGCGAUUUUUCCAAAAGAAGAAGUUGAUUUGAGUUACGCUACUUACAUUAUCUAUCUAGAAGAAAAUACUCAUACCAUGUAAUGUAAACUAUGAUUAGACUUUGUUCUUUUGGUAAUGAAAUUGUCAUUCAAACUCAAUAGUUUACAUGAUAUAAUCAAAUUGGAAACGAGGGUCAAAAUUCCAAAUUGAUUGCAUAAACAAACUUGACAGCUGAACCAUAAUCACAUUGUUGCAGAAGAAAUUAUACUUUUGCAGGAGAUAAGAGAUGGGCGUACAUUUAUUUGUGGAGUUGGGUUUACAUUGCUUUGUCAACUGAAUCAUGUAAUGAGAGUGCAACAUUGGUAAAAGGUGACUUGUUAUAUAAGCAUCGAGUAACAGAUAGCUUUUGCAUAAUCCUGCUCGUGUAUAUGUUGCUGUUUACCAGAACAUCAUCAUCCAUGAUGCAAGUAUUGUGCAUUAUGUGCUUUGAAUGGUAAAGCAUAUAUAUGGGAGAUUUAUGAUCGGAAAAGGACAGUCUAGAAUGAUUUGGGUGAAACUUCCCUACAGCUGGGUGAAUCUAUCAAAGCAAGUGUGUCAGCCUUUGAAUGAUUAUAGUAGUAGGAAGCGAUGUGCAAAAGGCUGGAUUUGGAGGAGAGCAGAAAAAGAACAAAAUUUGAAGCGACGGUGACGCUGGGAAAGGACUGGAGCAUGUAAAUCUUGAGGGGUCCGAGGCUGAGCCAAAAAAGAUGAUAACCAAGAAAGGU